AUGGUCAGUCAUCAGUGGCUGCCCUGGAUUAAUAAUCCAACCUCCGGCUCAAUCUCAGUGACGUCAGCCAAGCAGGAACAGGAAAUAUAUAACAAUGAGUCAGACAGAUGGAAAAGUCUCCGCUUUGACUACCAGAACAUCAGUGACAGCUACUUCACUCUUUCUAAACCGAACAACGGCCAGAAAGGAGACAAUGAAAUCUUGAAGGAGCACAGCGCCCGGCUGCCUGAACAGGCCGAACUUUUCAACAGGCCUUCAGCCGAACUGAUGUCUGUGAAUCUGGCUUUGAGCUUGGAAAAUACAGAGUUAAUGGAGAAAAUUGUGAAUCUAACUUCUACAAACUUACAACUCACACAAGAGCAUGAGCGGUUGGCCCAGUACACAUCUGAGCAGGAAGAAAAAAAACUGAACAUGUCUCAGACUAUCAAAUAUCUGGUUGACUCCAACGCUCAGCGAGAGGAGGAGAAGCGACGACUCUCUGAGACGAACAGCCUUCUGAGGGAUGAGCUGUUUCAAGCGGACGAAAAGAAUCGAGAACUUCAGGAAAUAAACGACAAGUUUCAGGGAGAAAUUAAAAAUCUGAGUGAGAAGAUCAGAGCUCUGCUGAACGAUGGCCGCGAGAAGGCGUCAAAACACAAUCUGCAGCUCCAGGAGAGAGUGACAGAGCUUCAAGAGCAAAACCGGAACCUGAGCGCCGGGAAUGAAUGGAGGAAGAAAGCAGCAGCGUGUGAGGAAAGCAGGAGAAACGAAAUGGGCCGAACAGUGGCGGACAUGCAUUCAAUGAAGGAGGCCUACACAUCCCUAGACCUCUACUGCCCCGUGGUUAGUCACCAGACGAAAGAACGUAUUUGCAAAAAGUGUCCCGACAGCUGGAAACUGUUUGAGGCCAAGUGCUACUACUUCUCCUCUCGCAGGCUCCCCUGGAGCUCCAGCAGAGCCUGGUGCCAGACACAAGGGGGCGACCUGCUCAUCAUUAACAGUGAGCCAGAACAGAACUUUACUUUUGAAAGAGGCCAGGCUCUGGAGUCGAGCGGCAGCAGGCUGUGGAUCGGUAUGACAGACGCAGAGGAGGAGGGUGAAUGGUUCUGGGUGGACGGCAACUCAGUCGCUUCAGAUGUACAGUUUUGGCUGAGCAGACCAGGAAUGGUGACUGAGCCUGAUGACUGGAAACUGGAUGACCCUCUAGGAGAGGACUGUGGACACAUAGACACCAGUGAAACUGCACUCAAGUCCUGGAUGGAUGGGUCCUGUACGAUACCUUAUAGAUGGAUCUGUGAAAAGAAUGUUUAGAUCAUCCAGAACAUAUUUUAUUUCUCAUUUCAUAUUAUAAAUAUAGCAGAAAUACAGUCAUUUAAAGUUAUACUUGUAUGUAUGUAGUCAAUUAUAGGACUAUAUCCGUGAUUUAUUAAAUUGCUGUAUUGUAAUGUAUUAAAGUCUGAGUUAUAACAGGGUGAUAGUGGACAUGUUUUCUUUCUAAAUAAAACAGUAUUUAGUCUUCAGAUGCCAUUGUUUCAUUGCAGGGAAUAAAGACAGAAACUGCCAAGCA